GCCCAGCCCCCGGCACCCGCAGACAGCCCCCAGGCAGGGCGCCUGCUCCCGUGCCCUCCUCCUCCUCCUCCUCUCGUUCUAGGCGUGUCCCCGGGAGUGGGCGGCCCCUGGCCCGCGAGCUCCUACUUUCCCCACCUCCCCCCACCCCGCUCUCCUCCUCUUCCUCCUCUUUCUCUGCGUCUGGGCCACUUCCUCCUCCAGCCUCCUCCUGCCGCCCUGGGAGCGCGGAGCCGACGCGCACCGAGAGGCAACAAUGAACGUGGAUCAUGAAGUUAACCUCUUAGUGGAGGAAAUUCAUCGUUUGGGUUCAAAAAAUGCAGAGGGAAAGUUAAGUGUGAAAUUCGGGGUCCUCUUCCGAGAUGACAGAUGUGCCAACCUCUUUGAAGCACUGGUGGGAACUCUGAAAGCUGCAAAGCGAAGGAAGAUUGUGACCUACCCGGGAGAGCUGCUGCUGCAGGGCGCGCAUGACGACGUCGACAUCAUCCUCCUGCAGGAGUAAUUAGUGUGGGCGCAUGUCCUCCUGUCGCUGGUCAACUGGAAUGUUAUUAAGUCAAAGGAAACCUGAGGCUACUUGAUGCAUUUUUAUAGAACUUUGUUAACCAAAAGGGGACUCAUUUUUAGAAGCUUGUUCUUUUUUUAAAAAAUAUAUGUAUAUAUCUUGAAAGAAAAUGUAUUACAUUGCAAAACAAACAAAACCUACUAUUUUUCUUAGGGGUGUGACUGGGGCAUGUAAGUAAUGAGGCCUUUUCUGGAGGGGUGAGGAGAGUUUGUUUCAUGAAUCAUUCUUAGGCAGUUUCUACAGAUAUUUGACAUUCUGUCAAAGCAAGAAGCAAACAAGACCAACUGCCACAAGGUUGUUAUGUUUAUGUAAUAAAAACAUGUCGCUGUCUUUAAA